UUGCCGCAUAACUCGAGUGCCGCGUCUGCCCGCGAACUCUGUGCGUUCGAAAUCUCCCGUCCACACAGCCGCAUGGGCCGCUGACCUGAGCGCACGUCAUUUCUUUUUAUUUUCUUUUUACGUAGUGCCCAUAUUCACCCGGAAUAUUAUUUACUUUUUUUUUCACAAACUGCUGUGCUAACUGUGUUGUGUUUGUAGUUUUUUUAUGUGUUGUGUUGUGUGUGUAAAAUGAACGGGGUUUUGGAAGGAGAUAUCAUUGACAGACAUUCGGCGCUGGACGUUGGUGUCGGCGGCGACGCGCGGGACACAAAACUAUGGCAGAACACAGACGAAAACAGACUAUCAACAUUCCCAGCCAGCGGCGACCGGCAGAACCUGCUUCGGUCCCACGCGGCCAAGAGCGCGGAGUGCGGCGCGGGGGGGUCGCCGCGGGUGCGCCGCGCGCCGAGGGAAUCGAGGAGGGUGUCCCUGGCGCAGGCGCCUGGAUAUGUACAGCUCAACCAGUACAGACUUCUGGAGCCUAUUGGACAGGGGUCAUACGGGAUCGUGAAGUUAGCUUAUAGCGAAGAGGACGACACACAUUACGCGAUGAAAAUCCUCUCGAAACGCAAGCUGAUGCGACGCGCGGGCCUCUUCGGGCGCGCGCCGCCGCGCCGUCCGGGCCCCGGACCGCCGCCGGAUCCGUUACAACGGGUGUACAGAGAGAUAGCCACUUUGAAGAAACUAGACCAUCCUAAUGUUGUCAAACUAGUUGAGGUGUUGGACGACCCUGAAGAAGACCAGCUGUACCUGGUGUUCCAGCUUCUGGAAGGUGGACCAGUCAUCGACAUACCGACGGAUAACCCGCUGAGUGAGGAGCUAGCCAGGAAGUACUUCCGAGAUUCUCUUCUAGGUAUUGAGUACUUACACUACCAACGUAUCGCUCACCGAGACAUCAAACCAGCUAACCUCCUCCUUGGUGACGGUCGGGUCCAAGUAGCUGAUCUUGGUGCUUGCGGGGAGUUGGCUGAUGCAGGGCUAGCGGGGGGAGUGGGGACUCCGGCUUUUAGAGCUCCUGAGGCAGCGGCACCCGCUGAUCGGUAUAAUGGGGAGGCGGCAGACAUCUGGUCGCUAGGCGUGACCCUCUAUGCCAUGGUUACCGGAAGAGUACCCUGGCAUGGUACAUGCGUCGAGAUAGCUCAGCGAGCACUGUUGGAACCUCUGAAGUUUCCAUCAAGACCCACCCUUUCUGCGCCUCUGAAGAGUCUGCUUCUACGGAUGCUUGAUAAGGACCCAGCGAGAAGAGCGACCAUGCAUGAGAUUAAGGAACACGGCUGGGUGACAAACAACGGAGCUGAUCCUCUACCGUCGGAACAAGAGAAUUGCCGGCUUGUGGAAGUGACAGACGAGGACAUGGCGCGCGUUGUCACCUCCAUACCCAACUUGUCCACUCUCAUCCUCAUCAAGACCAUGCUCAAGAAACACAGCUUUCAGAACCCGUUCCUCCGAAGCCGGGAAGGCAGCACUUCCCGCCGCGAGUCCUCGGAGACCAUCAAGGAGGCCGAGAAACCCAAGCGAGGAGGCCUGGCGCGCUCGGGCCGGUCGCUUUCAGCCCCCGGGAACUAUCUUAUGGACAGCCGACAAACAUCGUUCGACGUCGCACUGGAGUCAGUGCAAGAGACUCGCGACCUCUCGCAAGACGACGCCAAGGACGCGGAAAACAAGAUGGCCGCGAGGUGAUGGCACAAGAUGGCGGCCCAGCCCGCCCUCUGCGUGCGUGCGCCAGCGCAACGCACCAAGCAUUAAUGCUACUUCAUUAGGGGACAGCGAUUAAUACCGUGUGACUUAAAUUGGCAGUGACCUUAAGCGGAAUCGAGCCACGUCGAAUCGAGUCCUCAUUCAUUUGAAUGCAUUCUACUCGUCGCUAAUGGACGCAGUUGCUUAAGAAAUACAGAAGGCGAAUUAAUGAGACUCAACUCGACCGCCUAGUGGACGCCAGACUUUACCCCUGCCUAUACUCCUGGGGCCCCAUGUUAUAAAUCUAGACGGUCAACAAAAUCAUCAAUUUUUAAGUGAUAUGGCUUGUUGAUGAUUCCACAAACGUCAAGGUUUAUAAAGGCACGCGUAUUAUAAAGACUAU